UAUAUCUCAUCACAUAAAAUCUUUUGUGACGCACAAGCAUAAUAAUAUCAAGCCACAAAUUAUUUCUAAAGGGCUGUUAUACUUUAAAAUUAUUAAAGAAUUAGAGAGUUGUGAUUAACUAUGACUAAACCAUUGGAGACUGACAUUAUUGCAACAGAGAAGCAUAGAAAAUCAACUGUUUGGACAAAAAAUAAAAUUGGGCAGCUAAUUCAACUUUAUAGACAAAAUGAAUGCUUAUGGAAUUACUUCUCACAACAUUACAGAUGCAAAAAAGAACGCGAGAAAGCCAUCACAACCAUUUGCACCGAAUUAAAUAUAACUAAGUUUGAAUUUGGCAAGAAAAUUCAUAAUUUACGCAAUCAAUUUAAUACGGAGAAUAAAAAACUAGAGCGCAGAAUUGAAGAAGCUGGAGGAGACUCAGUCGAAAUUAAUGUCAGUCAAAGUUGUCGCUGGGAGCAUUUCGAGUCUUUAAUAUUUCUUAAAGAUGUAAUCGAGCCGCGACCAGGUGGAUUCCAAGCAGGACCACCAUCCAAAAAAAUGCUAAUAAAAACGGAGUGCGCAGAUCGUAUGAAAACCAAUAAAGAAAAUAGUGUAGAUUGGACUGCAGGUUAUACUUUCAAUGAAACAGUCACUAGUGAUGAAACUUUUACUCAACACUCAGAUCAGGAUGAUAUUCCUCAACAGAGUGAGGACGAUACAAAAUUUAAUUCCACCGAACCAAAGAGCGCAAAUAUUGAUGAAUUGGAACUCCAUAUUACUCCAAACAAAACUGAAGGCAAAAAAACUUAUUUUACUCUACAGCACGUGUCAAAAUCAUCAAUAGUAACAAAUCCUAAUACAAAACAUAUUCAGCAGGAUAUGAUAAUCAAUCCUAGCUCAACACAAACUACUCAAUUAUCUGCAGGAUCAGUUAUAGAAAUACCCAGUGCUAUAUCUACCACAGCACCUAUCCAGGAUGAACCAUUUAAUUCAACAAAUGUGGAGCAAAAAAGUAUACCAAUCAUCAGGGACCAAUGGGACGCUUUUGGGCAGCUAAUUGCCACAGAAUUUCAUAAUUUGAACUCAGAUGUGUCUCGCAGGAAACUUAAAAGGAAAAUAAUGCAAGCAAUGGUAGAAAUCGGAGAAGAGGACGACAUUAAUAGCAGUUAACAUUUUUAAAACUACGUACUUAUGUUGUUAAAUGUGCAUUGGAUGAUGGCAUUCAUUUUUUAUAUUAAAUUUUAUGAAUAUAAGUAUGUCAGGUACUAUUCAAUUGUCUUAGAAGUUUAAGAAACAAUUAUAUUGUAAAAUAUAAGCUACA